AUGACGACCCCCACGGCCCUCUUGGUGUGCGACGUGCAGAACGGCAUCGUCGAGCGCAUCCCCCUCGAGGCCCGGGCCCCGUUCCUGCAGCGCCUCGCCGACACGAUCGCCGCGGCACGCAACGCCGGAGUGACCAUCAUCUACGUGCGGGUGGCGUUUCGGGCCGGGUUGCCAGAGAUAUCACCGCGCAACGCGUCGUUUGCGCGGGUCAAAGCCCACGCGCAGGCCCUGGCCCAAGCCCAAGGCGGCGCAGGAGGCGGCGGAUUCGGCGAGAGUGAGCCGUCGACGCAGAUCCACGCCGCGGUCGCGCCGCGCGAGGGAGGGGGUGACAUCGUCGUCACCAAGCGGCGCGUGUCGGCUCUGUAUGGUACCGAUCUAGACGUUAUCCUCCGCAGCAUGGACAUUGGGACGCUGGUGAUCGCCGGCAUCAGCACGAGCGGCGUGGUCAUGUCGACGGUGCGUCAGGGCGCGGAUAUGGACUACAAACUCGUCGUGCUUGGGGAUCUCUGCCUCGAUAUGGACGCGGAGAUACACGAUGCGGCGUUGAAGGUCAUUGCGAAGCAGGCCGAGGUGGUCGGCUCGGUGGAGUGGGCGAAGAAGUUGUAA